CGGCUGCUUAUUCCGAUCGGGGCAGCCAUGGCCGCCGGGGCGCUGGGGCUAUAUAAACCCUCCCGCCCCCGCCUCCUCUACUCCCCCCCUCCGCCUCUCGCUCCCUUUCGCAUCUGGUUCGGAGAGCUCUCUUGAAGCCUCGAGCCUGCCUCUCGCCUGUGCUCUGCUCUGCUCCGCGCCUCCGGCUCCGCCGCCGCGCUAGCUGUUGCAUUGCAGCCCGCGAGCCCUGAGCUGAUAGCUAGCUCGUUCGUUCUUCAUCACACUUCCGAGACAUGGAGUUCGAAGACCACUGCCACAAGGUCCAGGAGCCCAAGUUCGACUGCCUGCUCUUCGACCUCGACGACACUCUGUACCCGUUGAGUUCUGGGAUCGCAGGCCAUGUCAAGAAGAACAUUGAAGACUACAUGGUUGAGAAGCUGGGUAUUGAUGAGAGCAAGAUCGAGAACCUUGGCAACCUGCUGUACAAGAACUACGGCACCACGAUGGCCGGCCUCAGGGCGAUCGGCUACAGCUUCGAUUACGAUGAGUACCACGCCUUCGUCCACGGAAGGCUACCCUACGACAACAUCAAGCCCGACCCUGUUCUCAAGCACAUUCUCAAGAACCUGCGCAUCCGCAAACUCAUAUUCACCAACGGCGACAAGGUCCACGCCGUGCGCGCCCUCAAGAGGCUGGGCCUGGAGGACUGCUUCGAGGGGAUCAUCUGCUUCGAGACCCUGAACCCGCCGUGCCCGCCGCGGGGCGACCAGGCGCCCGAGAUCUUCGACAUCGCCGGCCACUUCGCCCUGUCCGGCACUGCCGACGAGCUCCCCAAGACUCCCGUCCUGUGCAAGCCCAACGUCGACGCCAUGGAGGAGGCGCUCAGGAUCGCCAACGUCAACCCCCACAAGGCGAUCUUCUUCGACGACAGCGUGCGCAACAUCCAGGCCGGGAAGCAGAUCGGCCUCCACACGGUGCUGGUGGGCAAGUCGCAGCGUGUGAAGGGCGCGGACCACGCGCUGGAGAGCAUCCACAACAUCAGGGAGGCGCUGCCGGAGCUGUGGGAGGAGGCCGAGAAGGCGGAGGACGUGCUCUACGCCGACCGCGUGGCCAUCGAGACCUCCGUCACGGCGUAAAACCCCCCCGGCGCGCCGUCAGCUAGCCGAAGUUUCUCGACGUCCAGGGCCGCUGCAGCAGCGAGAUCACGCAUCACACGCGCCCGGGCCAGGGACUGGUGGUCUCUCACGGUGGGAACUGAAUUCCAGCGAUGGCCGGGCAGGGAAUUUCCGACAACAGCAGGGGUGCAGCAUGUAACGGGGGGGAACAGAUGACGAGCUCGUGAUGGGCUGGUUCUAAUAUAGUAUAUACAUACAUAUAUAUGUAUCGGCCAGACCUUUUGCUUGUAAAUUACUACUAGUAGAAGAAAUAAUAAGAAGAACAACGGAGUUUACUUGUA